AUGUCAUUUACGGUAUAUGUUGGGUGUAAUGUCGAAGGUAUAUUUACAUUUUAUUGGAAAUGUGUAAAGCAUUUGUUCUGCAGUUUGUGAUUUUAUUUUAUUACUAAUGCACAUAUAGGGAGUGAUGAGUGAGAUGGCUCUGGUGUGAUGCAGUCGGACUGUAGCCACUACCUCCAUUCAGUGUCUGAUUUGUACGCUGCUGACGAAAUAUCAGUCCUACUGGAGGAGCUACGGGAACUCGAGCCGGCGAGCUAUCGCCCGGAGGACCUUCAAGACUUUGAGAUCGCAGGCUCCCAAACUGGAGGAGUGCUUGGUGGAGGUGGGGAGACGCCAGGUGACGUAGGCACUGUGAGGUCAUGGGACUCGCACGCAAACUACAAGCAACACCUUCCGGGCUCGUCCCCAACACACUCCAUCUUCAGCGGAGUGGUGUUGUACUGCGACGAGACUCACGUCAAAAGCGGCACCGGCAUCAUACGACUGUUACUGGUCAUAUCGUCAAUCGCUUGCCUCGCCUGUCUCUGCUCGUCAGGAACAGUGAAGGUUGGCUUGUUCAUGCUGCCGCUGAUGGGGCGACUGCGACUCAUGAUGUUUGUCACCAUCUUUAGUCUGCUUGUUACCUGCCUCUUCUUAUUCCUCGACAUAUCCCAUGUCGUCUACUUGUUUCCAUUCAACUGGGGAAAGUUGAAUGCGUUCUUCUAUGUGAGUGUGAGCUUGUUGUAUCUGAUAAGUUCAUCUCUGGUGCUGCAUCUGCUUCACACAUACUCAGAGACUUACCCCUGGGUGCCAAAGUGGACGAGAGAUCAGUUAUUCAUCACUUCCUGUCUAGGGUACAUAUGUGCACUAGAGGCCCUCGUGUUGUCGAUGCUGACGAGAUGUGACGGAGGCCAGUACAGUCCCGUGGACGAGGACCCGAGCACAAUGACACUGCAGGAGCGGCCAGUCCCCCCCUCCCCCUCCCACACUUCUCAGCCUCGCCCUCCCUCCUGGCCGGUGGACGACGUGCAGCCGUGCACCAGCAAGCAGUACCACCACUGACCCAACCCUCGCUAAGUCAACACAUCUUUUAUACUGUGAUCUCCAACAGCUAACGUAAAUUAUCCCUUGCAAUGUACUUUUGUGUGCUUGCUAGCUACAUUGCUGAACCCAAUUGUUGGGAAAUAUUUAUUUUUUACCAAUUUAGCUUGUUCUUUGUUCCUUUGUUCCUUUGAAUGUCUAGUCCAUAAUCUUCAAUUGAUGUUUUGCAAAGGAUUUAAAAAAAACAC